AUGAAAGGUUCAAGGAGUCAAACUGAACAAGUCAGUCCCGUCUCGAAGAAGAGGCCGACAACUUCGCCGGCCCACCAUGCUGCCGUUGUGAAGUCAGAUGCCGUCACUAGGCGAUUAUUGAUUGACGACAUUGAGAAGAAAUUGAAGAAGAGGAUCAUUAGUCAAGAUGCAAUCAGAACUAUGCGUGCUCAGGUUGACGAGUUGGAGAUGCAAUCGAAACAAGUCGACCAGAUCUACGAGGAGAAGCUCAAGGAUUUGUUGGAGAAGAAGAGAAAGCAAGAGAGACAACGGGAACUUCUGGAUGCUCAUGAAACGGCGAUACACUCUGCAGUCCUGCGAGUGAACGGAGUGAUGUCGGUCUUGAAUGAAUUUUCGAGCGACCUCGCAAAGAAGAUCCACAAGCUCAAAAUGACAGUCGAAGAGUUGAAGGAGGAUGAGAGCACUAUCAAGCAUAAUUUUUCUGUGCAAGAUGUCGAAUGGAAUCAUGCUUGCAUGAUGGAGUCUAUACUAAAUGAGGAUAAUCUUUCAAUUGAUUUGAAUGAUCUGAAAGAACAGUGGAAUACUCUGUCGUUCACAACAUAUUCUUCAUGGCUCCCAACUCAGGAGAAGUUGUCAAUCAAGUCAGCUAUUGAGAGUUGUGCUCAGCUGAACGCAAACGAUUUGUUUCAAGAUGAAGUGCAGGAGGUUCGCAAGAUGACAUUUCCAGAGCUGAACUUUGUACAGAACAAGUUCCAUGCAGCCAAGUCUGUAGCAAAAGACCAAGUGCAGAAAAGUUACUUGCAGACUCCAAAAUUGCGGCCAAAAUCUGCCAGACUAGAGAAACCACAGGAUGAAGGUCCGGACUCGGGGAGUCAAAGCAAAGUCAAGAAGAUUAAGAGUUCAGCAUCAAUUUCGAAGCGUGCGAUCUCCAGCUCAAAAACUGGAUCCAAUCGGAGUAAAAUAUCUGGUGAACAAGAGCCCAACUCAGCAGAUGUUAAGCAACCACAGAUCAAAGAUACCAAUCAAAGCAGGAGCUCGAAGAGGCCAGAGAAGAAAUUAAGUGAUGUAUUGCCUACGAAGAGCAAAUCAACCAGCAAGGUGCUAGUGCCUCCUCGUCCAAAAACGGUCAAUGAGAAAUCGGGAAAGAGCUUGGCUGUCAAGGACCAAGGAGCCCCGGUAAAGACAAAGCUUGUGAAGGAGAAAGAGCAAGAGGUCAAGAGCAAGGCAGCUGACGAGGAGAGCAACUCCAAUGUCCAACUGGAGACCCAGCUGAAGUCCGAAACUCUUUCACAACCUGCGAAGUUGCGCACAGAGCCCUCAAAACCGUCUGCUGUUGAAGAGAAACCUAAAGACAACGUUCAGCAAGAGAGCUCAUCCCAGCAGGGAAAGCAAAGUGUGAAUGUGGAUGAGCAUCGAGAUGAGAUGAGAUCGAAGACUGGAGAGCAGGAGGGCAAGUCUAGCACAGACUCUCACAAGCGUUCUGAAAUGCAUGACAAGCCGUGCUCAGAGCAAAUUCUUCGCGACCGUUCAGAAGAUGCCGAGCAGAAGCCUCACGAACAAGACGCCAGGCGCGAGAUCAAGACUCCGCAGGCGCAAGAAAUGGUGACCGAGAGCAAGAUAGAGCCAAUGUUUGAACGAGAGAUCAAGCCGCAGAAGCAGGAGCAGCAGGAGGCAGUCAAGCCGCAGCAGGAGCAGGAGCAGAAGCAGGAGGUCAAGCCGCAGCAGGAGCAGGAGGAGGUCAAGCUGCAGGAGGAGGCCAAACAGCACGAGCCGCAGCAGCAGCCUGUCAAGCCGCAGCAGCAGGAGGCGGUCCAGCAGCAGCAGCUGGAGCUGGAGGAGGAGGAGGCGGUCAAGCCGCAGGAGCAGAAGCAGGAGGAAGUCAAGCCGCAGCAGCAGCAGGAGAAGGAGGACAUCAAGCCGCAGGAGCAGAAGCAGCUGGAGCAGGAGAUCAAGCAGGACCACCAGCAACAGCAGGACCAGCAGCAGGAAGUCAAGCCGCAGCAGGACCAGCAAGCCGUGGUAGCGCAGUCUCAGAAUGAAACUGCUUCGCAUCCAGCAGACACACCCGAUGCUUCGGUGUCGUCGUCUGAAGGCAAGACAGGAGGAGGAAGCUCUGGGUCAGGAGCAGCGACUUCGACGGUGAGGGGGAGGUCAAGGGAAGGAGGAGGUCUGACGGACUGUAAGCAGAAACCUCGAGCUGGAGGCAGGCAGCUGGAAGAGAGGUCGCUAAGCGGAGGCUUGGCAGGAAUGUUCGGAGGGUCGACCUCGAUGUUUGGGGAGCCAAGUCCAUGGGGCGGGGACUUUGCGCGGAAGCUGGUAGACAAGAAGAAGGGGGGAGGAGGGGGGCCGUUCUUGAAGAUGAAGGAGUCAUUCAGCUUCUCGACGUCGAGGAAGCCAGGAGAGGAGGCGAAGCUUCCCUUGCACAUGCGGAUCAACUCGCAUCGCAUCGCCGGGAAGCCUCCUCCAGAUCAGGUGGCGAGGUCAAGCCCAAGUCCAGCUGGGCAAGGGGGGGCAGGGGUGGCUUUUGAUUCUCCCUCUGCGAAGGCUGGCUUGAAGGGGUUCGCUCAGGACGAGGGCAGAACACCUGUAGGGGAGACAAUGGACGCUGUCGUCCAUACAGAAGGGUUGGAGGUCGAUUCCCAGGAAGAGAAUGUUGCAAAGUCAGAGUCACGGGAAGAUCAACAGAACGUGGCUGGCGAGCAUAAUGCCAAGGAUUCGGAACAGGAGAAAAAAGCGAAUCUUCACGAUGAUCCGAUGAAAGAAACCAUUAUUAAGUCUCCUUUAGAAGCGGAAAGAAGUAAGCCUGGCGAUCAAAAUGUACAGGCAGCUGUAGAGGCUCAAGAACACGAAUCCAAAACAGCACAGCAUAGUGAUAAUCUAGCAAUCAGGCCUCAAUAUCAAGAGGAGGUCAAACCGCACGAGCCACAGCAGAAGGAGGAGGAGCAGGAGAUCAAGCCGCAGGAGCACAAGGAGGAGGAAGUCAAGCCGCAGGAGCAGCAGGAGCAGGAUGUCAAACUGCAGAAGACGAAGCAGCAGCCGCAGGAGCAGGAGGAGGCGGUCAAGCCGCAGGAGGAGGAGGAGAUCAAACAGCACGAGCAGAAGCAGGUGGUGGAGGAGGACAUCAAGCCGCAGCAGCAGAAGCAGGAGGAAGCGGUCAAGCCGCAGCAGCAGAAGCAGGAGGCAGUCAAGCCGCUAGAGGAGGAGCAAGAGAUCAAGCCGCAGAAGCAGGAGAAGGAGGUCAGACAGCAGCAGCAGGAGCAGCAGGAGGCAGUCAAGCCGCAGGAGCAGGAUCAGGAGAAGGAGGUCAAGCAGCAGCAGGAGGUCAAGCCGCAGCAGGAGCAGGAGGAGGUCAAGCUGCAGGAGGAGGCCAAACAGCACGAGCCGCAGCAGCAGCCUGUCAAGCCGCAGCAGCAGGAGGCGGUCCAGCAGCAGCAGCUGGAGCUGGAGGAGGAGGAGGCGGUCAAGCCGCAGGAGCAGAAGCAGGAGGAAGUCAAGCCGCAGCAGCAGCAGGAGAAGGAGGACAUCAAGCCGCAGGAGCAGAAGCAGCUGGAGCAGGAGAUCAAGCAGGACCACCAGCAACAGCAGGACCAGCAGCAGGAAGUCAAGCCGCAGCAGGACCAGCAAGCCGUGGUAGCGCAGUCUCAGAAUGAAACUGCUUCGCAUCCAGCAGACACACCCGAUGCUUCGGUGUCGUCGUCUGAAGGCAAGACAGGAGGAGGAAGCUCUGGGUCAGGAGCAGCGACUUCGACGGUGAGGGGGAGGUCAAGGGAAGGAGGAGGUCUGACGGACUGUAAGCAGAAACCUCGAGCUGGAGGCAGGCAGCUGGAAGAGAGGUCGCUAAGCGGAGGCUUGGCAGGAAUGUUCGGAGGGUCGACCUCGAUGUUUGGGGAGCCAAGUCCAUGGGGCGGGGACUUUGCGCGGAAGCUGGUAGACAAGAAGAAGGGGGGAGGAGGGGGGCCGUUCUUGAAGAUGAAGGAGUCAUUCGGCUUCUCGACGUCGAGGAAGCCAGGAGAGGAGGCGAAGCUUCCCUUGCACAUGCGGAUCAACUCGCAUCGCAUCGCCGGGAAGCCUCCUCCAGAUCAGGUGGCGAGGUCAAGCCCAAGUCCAGCUGGGCAAGGGGGGCCAGGGGGGGCAUCAGAAGCUUCGGUAGAAAAACCAAACCAAAAUGAAGCAAAGUCGGUGGAGAAUGAUAGAACCAAUCUGAUGGAGAAGGUGGAUGCCAAGCUUCAAAGUGAGGAGACUGUGGACAAAAGUAUGAGCAAGGAAGCCCCCGGGGAUAACGGCGAGGAGGCUGGGAAGGACAAGGGCGAGGAGGCUGUCAAGGACAAGGGCGAGGAGGCUGGGAAGGACAAGGGCGAGGAGGCUGGGAAGGACAAGGGCGAGGAGGCUGGGAAGGACAAGGGCGAGGAGGCUGUCAAGGACAAGGGCGAGGAGGCUGUCAAGGACAAGGGCGAGGAGGCUGUCAAGGACAAGGGCGAGGAGGCUGUCAAGGACAAGGGCGAGGAGGCUGGGAAGGACAAGGGCGAGGAGGCUGGGAAGGACAAGGGCGAGGAGGCUGUCAAGGACAAGGGCGAGGAGGCUGUCAAGGACAAGGGCGAGGAGGCUGUCAAGGACAAGGGCGAGGAGGCUGUCAAGGACAAGGGCGAGGAGGCUGGCAAGGACAAGGGCGAGGAGGCUGUCAAGGGACAAGGGGCGAGGAGGCUUGGGAAGGAUAAGGGCGAGGAGGCUGUCAAGGACAAGGGCGAGGAGGCUGUCAAGGGACAAAGGGCGAGGAGGGCUGAGGGCUUGGGAAAGGACAAGGGCGAGGAGGCUGGGAAGGACAAGGGCGAGGAGGCUGGGAAGGACAAGGGCGAGGAGGCUGGGAAGGACAAGGGCGAGGAGGCUGGGAAGGACAAGGGCGAGGAGGCUGUGAAGGACAAGGGCGAGGAGGCUGUCAAGGACAAGGGCGAGGAGGCUGUCAAGGACAAGGGCGAGGAGGCUGGGAAGGACAAGGGCGAGGAGGCUGUCAAGGACAAGGGCGAGGAGGCUGUCAAGGACAAGGGCGAGGAGGCUGUCAAGGACAAGGGCGAGGAGGCUGGGAAGGAUAAGGGCGAGGAGGCUGUCAAGGACAAGGGCGAGGAGGCUGGGAAGGACAAGGGCGAGGAGGCUGUCAAGGACAAGGGCGAGGAGGCUGUCAAGGAUAAGGGCGAGGAGGCUGUCAAGGACAAGGGCGAGGAGGCUGUCAAGGACAAGGGCGAGGAGGCUGGGAAGGACAAGGGCGAGGAGGCUGUCAAGGACAAGGGCGAGGAGGCUGGGAAGGACAAGGGCGAGGAGGCUGGGAAGGACAAGGGCGAGGAGGCUGGGAAGGACAAGGGCCAGGAGGUUGUCAAGGACAAGGGCGAGGAGGCUGGGAAGGACAAGGGCGAGGAGGCUGGGAAGGACAAGGGCGAGGAGGCUGGGAAGGACAAGGGCGAGGAGGCUGGGAAGGUUAAGGGCGAGGAGGAUGGGACGGUUAAUGAGCACCAGCAGCAGACCGAUUGCAAGCACGGGAGCGACGGGGAAAGUAAUAAGAUGGCAACCCAGCACUCGGGUGAUAAUUUGUUUCUUCCCCUGAUGCAUCUCAACGGGUCGAGCUCUCUUCAUCUCGUGCGCAAGGUGCUUCUUCUGACGCUGAUGCACAGUUAA